GUUGGAACUGGAUGUCGUUUUACACGUCUCCAUUAAAGGAUGAAGAUGAUUUAUCUAUUCUGGUUGGUGGGUCUCUGCCUUGCUCGUGCCUGCCAGAGAUUUCCUGAUGAGGUCAAUCUAGCUCUUCAGGGGACUGCAGACCAGUCAUCUCUGGGUCAUGAUGAUGGAUUAGCUUCACAUGCCAUUGAUGGGAACCAUGACAGUAUCUACAGUAAAAACAGCUGCACCCACACCAAAGCUGACUCCACCUCCUGGUGGAGAGUGGACCUCAAGGACACCUAUGAGAUCUCCACUGUGAUCAUCACCAACAGGGCAGACUGCUGCCAUGAGCGCCUUCAAGGGGCUGAACUACGUAUUGGAGACUCACCUGAUGGUUCCAAAAAUGUCAGAUGUGGAACUAUAACUUCAACCGCUCCAGGAUCAGUCCAUACCAUCUGCUGCAAUGGGUUGAAAGGCCGUUAUGUGAAUGUUGUUCUCCGUGGAAAAAGCCAGUAUCUGACCCUGUGUGAAGUGGAGGUCUUCGGAGUGCCAAAGCAAGAUCCAACACCUGAGUGCAAACGCAAACCUAACGAGGUCAAUCUAGCUCUUCAGGGGACUGCAGACCAGUCAUCUCUGGGUCGUGAUGAUGGAUUAGCUUCACAUGCCAUUGAUGGGAACCAUGACAGUAUCUACAGUAAAAACAGCUGCACCCACACCAACGCAGACUCCACCUCCUGGUGGAGAGUGGACCUCAAGGACACCUAUGAGAUCUCCACUGUGAUCAUCACCAACAGGGCAGACUGCUGCCACGAGCGCCUUCAAGGGGCCGAACUACGUAUUGGAGACUCGCCUGAUGGUUCCAAAAAUGUCAGAUGUGGAACUAUAACUUCAACCGCUCCAGGAUCAGUCCAUACCAUCUGCUGCAAUGGGUUGAAAGGCCGUUAUGUGAAUGUUGUUCUCCGUGGAAAAAGCCAGUAUCUGACCCUGUGUGAAGUGGAGGUCUUCGGAGUGCCAAAGCAAGAUCCAACACCUGAGUGCAAACGCAAACCUAACGAGGUCAAUCUAGCUCUUCAGGGGACUGCAGACCAGUCAUCUCUGGGUCAUGAUGAUGGAUUAGCUUCACAUGCCAUUGAUGGGAACCAUGACAGUAUCUACAGUAAAAACAGCUGCACCCACACCAACGCUGACUCCACCUCCUGGUGGAGAGUGGACCUCAAGGACACCUAUGAGAUCUCCACUGUGAUCAUCACCAACAGGGCAGACUGCUGCCACGAGCGCCUUCAAGGGGCCGAACUACGUAUUGGAGACUCGCCUGAUGGUUCCAAAAAUGUCAGAUGUGGAACUAUAACUUCAACCGCUCCAGGAUCAGUCCAUACCAUCUGCUGCAAUGGGUUGAAAGGCCGUUAUGUGAAUGUUGUUCUCCGUGGAAAAAGCCAGUAUCUGACCCUGUGUGAAGUGGAGGUCUUCGGAGUGCCAAAGCAACAUCCAACACCUGAGUGCAAACGCAAACCUAACGAGGUCAAUCUAGCUCUUCAGGGGACUGCAGACCAGUCAUCUCUGGGUCGUGAUGAUGGAUUAGCUUCACAUGCCAUUGAUGGGAACCAUGACAGUAUCUACAGUAAAAACAGCUGCACCCACACCAACGCUGACUCCACCUCCUGGUGGAGAGUGGACCUCAAGGACACCUAUGAGAUCUCCACUGUGAUCAUCACCAACAGGGCAGACUGCUGCCAUGAGCGCCUUCAAGGGGCCGAACUACGUAUUGGAGACUCGCCUGAUGGUUCCAAAAAUGUCAGAUGUGGAACUAUAACUUCAACCGCUCCAGGAUCAGUCCAUACCAUCUGCUGCAAUGGGUUGAAAGGCCGUUAUGUGAAUGUUGUUCUCCCUGGAAAAAGCCAGUAUCUGACCCUGUGUGAAGUGGAGGUCUUCGGAGUGCCAAAGCAAGAUCCAACACCUGAGUGCAAACGCAAACCUAACGAGGUCAAUCUAGCUCUUCAGGGGACUGCAGACCAGUCAUCUCUGGGUCAUGAUGAUGGAUUAGCUUCAAAUGCCAUUGAUGGGAACCAUGACAGUAUCUACAGUAAACAGAGCUGCACCCACACCAACGCAGACUCCACCUCCUGGUGGAGAGUGGACCUCAAGGACACCUAUGAGAUCUCCACUGUGAUCAUCACCAACAGGGCAGACUGCUGCCACGAGCGCCUUCAAGGGGCCGAACUACGUAUUGGAGAUUCGGCUGAUGUUUCCAAAAAUGCCAGAUGUGGAACUAUAACUUCAACCGCUCCAGGAUCAAUCCAUACCAUCUGCUGCAAUGGGUUGAAAGGCCGUUAUGUGAAUGUUGUUCUCCCUGGAAAAAGCCAGUAUCUGACCCUGUGUGAAGUGGAGGUCUUCGGAGUGCCAAAGCAAGAUCCAACACCUGAGUGCAAACGCAAACCUAACGAGGUCAAUCUAGCUCUUCAGGGGACUGCAGACCAGUCAUCUCUGGGUCAUGAUGAUGGAUUAGCUUCACAUGCCAUUGAUGGGAACCAUGACAGUAUCUACAGUAAACAUAGCUGCACCCACACCAACGCUGACUCCACCUCCUGGUGGAGAGUGAACCUCAAGGACACCUAUGAGAUCUCCACUGUGAUCAUCACCAACAGGGCAGACUGCUGCCACGAGCGCCUUCAAGGGGCCGAACUACGUAUUGGAGAUUCGGCUGAUGUUUCCAAAAAUGCCAGAUGUGGAACUAUAACUUCAACCGCUCCAGGAUCAGUCCAUACCAUCUGCUGCAAUGGGUUGAAAGGCCGUUAUGUGAAUGUUGUUCUCCCUGGAAAAAGCCAGUAUCUGACCCUGUGUGAAGUGGAGGUCUUCGGAGUGCCAAAGCAAGAUCCAACACCUGAGUGCAAACGCAAACCUAACGAGUUCAAUGUAGCUCUGCAGGGGACUGCAGACCAGUCAUCUCUAGGUCAUGAUGAUGGAUUAGCUUCACAUGCCAUUGAUGGGAAUCAUGACAGUAUCUACAGUAAAAACAGCUGCACCCACACCAACGCUGACUCCACCUCCUGGUGGAGAGUGGACCUCAAGGACACCUAUGAGAUCUCCACUGUGAUCAUCACCAACAGGGCAGACUGCUGCCAUGAGCGCCUUCAAGGGGCCGAACUACGCAUUGGAGACUCGCCUGAUGUUUCCAAAAAUGCCAGAUGUGGUGUCGUCACUGUUACCGCCCCAGGGUCUGUGCACACAUUUUGCUGCGAUGGGCUGGUGGGGCGCUACGUGACCAUAAUGAUCCGUGGCCGAAAGGAAUACCUGACUUUGUGUGAAGUGGAAGUCUUCGGGGUUAAAACAGAUUGCGGGGAUCUCCCAGUUUAACCAUUUCAUCCUCUUGGUUACCAUUGUUAGAUGAAAGCCUGCCUUGGACUCCAAAGGAAUUGUGAUGAUUGAUAUCAGAAGACGAACCCACCACAAGGCCUAUAUGCCUAUAGAUACAUGUUUAUUAUUUGAGACUGCAAACCGU